AUGUCUCAAAUGUGGGGAUCAACUAGAAAAGAGAACAGUCACAAUAAAGAGUGUUCCGAUCUGCAAUCUUUCAUUGAUGUUGGAAUGAUAAUUGAGAAAAUUCAGAGGGAAAAUUAUGUUCGCAAACAGAAGUCAGUUCAGCAAAUUGAAGGAGUGGCAAAUGAUUUGAUGAACUGGAAAAAAUCACAUGAUUCAGAUAUGAAAUCACUUGAAAACCAGAUAGAAUUUCUCAAAAUGAGAAAAGAGCAGAUUCGGCAGAACUCGACUGAAAUGACAGUCUUGGCAGAUCAACUGAGACAUAGACUCACCAACAUUCGUGAGAUGAAAAUCAAGAAUCAGCAAUUGUUUGGAGACCAAGAAGAUAUGCAGUGCUGA